AUAGGUUAAUAUAACCUCCAACGGCUUAUUCGGUGAUAGGGAUAACUGAAGUGAAAUAUGUAAAGAAUGGACCAACCUGCAAACAUUUUACAAAGUUCAAAUCCCCUGGUGGGUGGAAUGAAUAAUGUGAAUUGUGAAGGAAUUUGGCCGUCCCGGCCAAGAAUCGACGACGCGUUACUCUCGCCUGACAAAAAUACUCGAGGGUUUCGGAGCUUUUACUUACUUUAGAUAUUAAGAAUCUUUUAAGUUCCAUUGCUGCCUUAACGCACUAUGUACACGAUAGCAAUGUUCAUUCGUGCCUUAAAUAAAGUAUUCUAUAUUUUAUUGAAUCUUGACGUACGUGAACGAAUAAUGGAGUCCAGAUUAUUCGCGUCCUCGCAUUAUGGACGUUUGCCAGAUAUUUUUGAACUUAUUUCCACCUGUUGAAAACACGGCACCAGUGAGGGAUACGCUGCUGAAUCUAUUUAAAGAAAAUUCCCGCAGAAACUAAUUGGCAUCGCGACGCCAUCUGUCUACUAGACGCUCGGACAUUGUUGAACGACGUCUGAAAUGGCGCCCGGCGCGCCAUAGAAGACGCCACUAGAAAACAUGGCCGCCUUGUACGAUUUUUCAGAACUCAUUCAUGCUUUGGUGACGGUUUGUGUACUUGAUUCUAACCUAUGCAGUUCGACUGAUUAAUUAUUUAGCAGAGAAUUCUAUUUGACAUAUUUUAGAUUCUAGAUUUAACAAGCAAGACGUAUUAUUCAACAUUCGAAAAAUGGAAGACAAAAUAAUCAACUGGAGUCCAUAUGCUAAAGAAUAUGAUCCUUUGAAAGCUGGUAGCAUUGAUGGUACUGAUACAGAACCACAUGAUAGAGCUGUCAGUAGAGCAAUGAUAACACAUUAUGAGCCUCCGCAUGGAUUGAAAUCAAAGCCAGACAGAACUCUCUUCGUAUCUAGAUUUGGACCUAACGUUUCUAAACAAGAUUUAAAAGAGUGUUUUUCAAGGUACGGACAAGUGGUUUCGGUAAAGAUUAUAGUUGACAUAGUAACAGGACUGUCUCAGGGUUAUGGAUUUGUAGAAAUGAAAACAGAGGACGAAGCAAGAUGGGCUUCAAAACGUGUACAUGACACAAUACUAAAAGGUUCUAAGAUAUUUGUUGAUUUCGAAUGCAGCAGAACAAUGAAGGGUUGGAAACCACGUAGACUUGGUGGAGGAUUCGGUGGUAAAAAGGAAUCAGGGCAGUUGAGAUUUGGAGGAAAGGACAGACCAUUCAAGAAACCAAUUUUACCAGGUGUUGUGAGGCAACGUGAAGAAACUAAUAAUUCCAAGCUGGUCCAGGAGCUCGCAAAGAGCGUUCACUCUUGCAGAGUACGAGUGCUCCGACUAAUGUAAAUCUUGGUCUCCCUACCCCGGAGUCUCCGUUGGAGAUCCGUACCAUUAUCCUGAUAGGAUGCUGCGGUACCAUUUCGGCAAGGCAGAUCAGGGCUGGGACGUUGCUGACAGAGUCCGGCAUGCUGGUGUUGGA